AUGAACAGCAACUUCUCCACACUCAACAUGCGCCGAGACGUUUUUGAAGAGGCGUUGCUCAAAAACCUCACAGUCGUUCUUUUUGGCCUCAUUAUUAACUACAUUAAUGGAACCCUUUUGUAUACCUUCUUCACCAACGUGAACUUCCAAAGUGACUCCAGGUACAUCCUUUAUAUGCAGCUGAUCAUCAAUGACAAUGUCAUGGUGUCUAUGAUGGUGAACUUGCACGUAUUGUCCUAUGUUUGCCCUAACUUAAAUGUGUCUCUGUGUAUAGUUCUGCUUCUGAUUUGUGAGAACACUCAUAAAAACACUCCUUUAAACUUGGCAGCCAUGUCAAUUGAACGCUUUAUAGCCAUCUGUCACCCUUUACAGCAUCCUUUAAUCUGUACAGUGAGUUGGACCUACAUGCUCAUUGCCUGUAUUUGGGUUGUGGGGGCCAUUCCCGGAUUCAUCAAAGUCAUUAUCACCUUUGUCUUCAAGCCUUUGUCAUUUUUCUCUUCUGGUAGAAUGUGCUAUCCUAUAAAUAUCUUUCAGUCAGUAUACAACUAUAACACAUACUAUGCCACCAAUAUCCUUUAUUUGUGCUUUGUGUGGAUCACACUGAUCUACACAUACUUUAGAGUGGUGUUUUCAGCUAAAGCUGCCACCUCAGAUCCAGUUUCAUCCAGAAAGGCCCAGAUGACUAUACGUUUGCAUGUUGUGCAGCUAUUGUUAUCCAUGCUGUCCUACAUCGCCCCUGUCUUGGACACUGCCCUUACUGUCCUCUUCCCAGACUUUCGCUCGGCCGUUAUGUUCUGCAAUAACAUUAUAACUAAUAUUUUACCACGGCUGCUCAGCCCUCUCAUCUACGGCCUUAGAGAUCAGAAGUUUAAAAAGCACAUGAAAAGGUCCCUUCUUUGCAGGAAAACAGUUAUGAACGUGAAAUCUGAGACCAAAACCACCUUGGGGCUAAUUCAGAGGGAUAAAACCAGUUAAAAGUGGCCACUUUUAAGCAAUACAAUGGUGACCUGUCUUCACAGGUACUGUUUGAUGUUUUUUAGAAG